UCAUUUCGACACCAAAACCACAUCAUCAUUUAACGGUUUAAAACUUGUAAGGCAAGGAAAAAGGACAAAAAACGGCAUCCUUCUUCAUCAAAACGACAUCUUCUUCAACCUCGAUGACGACAACCGUCUCCCACAAUAUUUAAUUUAUUUUUUAUAAAAGAAAACGAACCUGCCAAUCAAACGACAUCGUUGGCUUCUGUCCUCCGCUAUCCACAAGAAACUCCCAGAACGCUAUCAGCGGCAGCGAAAGGAGAUCAGAAAUGGCGUCAUCAUCACAAAAAGGGGUAGUGAUAACGAUUCCGGUUUUAGUUCUCUCGGUCUCCGCCGCGGCAGUCUUCUUAUUCUUCCUCUUAUCUUCCCUCUCUUCUUCUUCCCCUUGCACUUGCCCUCCCUCCUCCACCGUCACUACCACCACCGCCGCCGCCGCCACCACCUACGCCGUAUCCGGCGGUUCAGUGCAGGACGACGUCGGGGAUCGGAGGGUUUCGACGAGCAGAGAGGAUAUAGAAUGGGUAAAAGAUCAGAUCCGAGCUAAUGGGUUACAUAUGCAAGAGAAUGUGCUUCGUAAAGGGAUCAAUCCUCGAACUCGUGCUCAGCAAUUGGAGGAUCUCAACAACUUUAAGGGCAUUUCACACUAUGAAGGAUCUGAAGCAAACAACCACACAGCUCUUCCAUGCCCGGGUGAGCUUCUUGUUGAAGAGCACCAUAGUAAUUACGGGGAGCCCUGGGCAGGAGGCCGUGAUGUGUUCGAGUUCCUUGCUGAGUCUAGCCACCUAACAAGCAACUCACGCGUGCUUGAGAUUGGUUGUGGGACGCUUCGUGUUGGAUUGCAUUUUAUUCGGUAUCUCAAACCUGAGCAUUUCCAUUGUCUUGAAAGGGAUGAGCUUUCCUUAAUGGCUGCAUUUAGAUAUGAGCUUCCUUCACAAGGGCUUUUACAUAAGCGACCUUUGAUUGUGCGUGGUGAGGAUAUGGAUUUCGACAAGUUUGGAUCGGAUGUUGUGUAUGAUUUGAUAUAUGCAAGUGCUGUUUUUCUUCACAUGCCUGAUAAGCUUGUGUGGUUUGGACUUGAGAGGUUGGUGGAUAGGUUGAAGCCUUAUGAUGGGCGCAUAUUUGUUUCGCAUAACAUUAAGUUUUGCUCUCGAUUAGGAGGGGAGGAAUGCACAAGGAGGCUUGCAAGUUUAGGGCUCGAGUAUCUUGGAAAGCAUAUACAUGACAGUUUGUUGUUCAAUCACUAUGAGAUCUGGUUCGAGUUUAGGCGGACUAAGGCUUAGAUAUUCUGAUAGUCUUGUUGGGAUAUUGUUGUUUGCAGUUCAGGAAGCAAGAAAUGAAGAUAUGGAUAACUUAUAUGGGCUCAUUUUGUAGCCUCUUGAUUUUUUCCGCCAUUCUCUUGCAAAGUUAACUCUGUGUUCCAUCGAUCAAUGGACGCGAAACAGAAGGCGCUGUAAUCUCAAUAGAUUUUUGUUCGAAUGGAUCAUCUGCUCGUGCAGUAUAGCGACCUUAUUUGUAUUUUUUUUCAAGAAAAGGUAGCUCUGUAACCUUAAUGUAGGUAUCUGAAACUGAUUUCAUCGAUCGGAAAGCUAAAGCUUCAAUUUUUUUUUUUUUGUGGCUGUCAGGUGAUGUAUUAGCUAGCUCAAAUUUGAAUGUUAAUUGAAAAGCAUUUUUCUAUUGAUUAAUCACUGCACAAUCUGGCUUUU